CAUCAGCCGCAACAGAGCAACAUUUGCCAGGCAUACACGACCACUUAAGGCACCGUAGCGCAAUUCCAGACAGCUCAUCCCCUCUCAGGAUACUCCGUGAGCGGUGUACAGCAUUUUUUUGGCUCCGCGACGACCAGCAGCAUCUCAGUGGAACUUGCACUGUUUCCAACGCAAGCUCAAAACUCGCAGCACCUCCGGAGACUUCCACAGAUGUCUCACAGCACUCCCGUUGGGCAAAUACAGUUCGAAGAUUCUGACCCUCACACUCCCGUGAACAGCCAACGCCGCCUCGUGACGCCGCCGCCGGUUUCGAGCAAAGUGCAGCGCUCAGGACUCGUACAUAUCAUCGGCAAGGACCCGCCAAAGAUCCCGAACCUGUUCGGCGACUUCGCAACCAUCGUCCCGGACGACGACUCUCAAGAGCAAUAAUGGUACGCGCCGCAAACGCGUGGUCGAAGCGAGACCUCGCCAUCGCGGCGGCGGCGGUGGCGCUGCAGGCGUACGCGACGAGGAGCGGCUUCGGCGGCCCUUGUGCCUUAUUAUUGCUGAUAAUCGCGCCGUUCGUCUUCGGUAGAGACGCGUGGGAUGGUGAGACCUCCGCCUACAGCGUAUUCAACGGCGGCCGAAGAAUCGCGGGCACGUUCACCGCCGAACAGUUCGACGCCCAACUGCGCGGCGGCCCGCGACCGGACGACAGCGACGCCGGUACGGCCGCGCCGCGGAGACCGGCGGAACAACAGACAGCACCGGCGCCCGUCGUCGACGCGGCGACGCGUCGGCGCCGCGCGGCCGAAGCGGCCGAGCGCCGCGCGAAAGCGGCCGCCGCCGAGAAGUGAGGCGGGUACUUUGUUGCCCGCGGAUCAUGAUAAAUUCGAAGACCAC